GAGUAAUAAACAUAAAAAAAUUGAGAAUAGAAAAUGAAAGUGAAGAAAAGAGUUGAAGGAGGCGAAGCAGAUGAGACGAGAUGAGAUAUUGGAAGUGAAGAGUGAUUCUCGAUUGGAGUAGUCUCGAAAGAAAGUGGAAAUGAUGAGAAGAACACUAUUCUCCCUCUUUCGCAGUUCCUCUUCUUCUUCUUCUUCUUCUUCGCCGUUCUCAACAACCUCUAAAGUGAACAUCUUCGAUCGGCAACUGAAACGCAAUCAGCGUGACCGUGCCGCAUGGUUAAUGCCCCAAAACGAUCCUUUACUUCACACCGUUGCUGAUAAUCUAUUAGAUCGCUUACAGGAUGUUAAGAAGACUUUUCCCUCUGCUUUAUGUUUGGGAGGCUCAUUACAAGCCAUCACUCGCUCUCUUCGCACCCGAGAUGCCAUACAAAAGCUUAUUGUCAUGGAUGCAUCUUAUGACAUGGUACAGCGUUGUCAAAAUGAUUACCAUGCAUCCAACAACCCCGAUAACACCGAGACAAUGUUUGUAGUUGGUGACGAAGAAUUCUUGCCUAUCAAAGAAAACUCUGUGGAUUUGGUUAUUAGUUGCUUGGGGCUACACUGGACAAAUGAUCUGCCAGGAGCAAUGAUACAAUCUAUGUUGGCAUUGAAGCCUGAUGGCCUAUUUUUAGCAGCUAUCCUCGGAGGAGAAACCUUAAAGGAACUAAGAAUAGCUUGUACUGUAGCACAAAUGGAGCGUGAGGGAGGGAUCAGUCCUCGAAUUUCACCUUUAGCACAGGUUCGAGAUGCUGGGAAUCUUUUGACUAGGGCAGGAUUCAACCUUCCAGGUGUGGAUGUUGACGAGUAUACAGUUAAAUAUGAAAGUGCCCUUGAGCUUAUAGAACAUCUUCGUGCAAUGGGUGAAACAAAUGCACUUUCCCAAAUGAACACGAUGCUGAAGAGGGACACAGCCUUAGCAACAGCAGCUAUUUAUGAUUCAAUGUUUGCUUCAGAAGAUGGCACUGUACCUGCAACCUUCCAGGUUAUAUACAUGACGGGGUGGAAGGAACAUUCUUCUCAACAGAAACCAAAACGAAGAGGAUCUGCUACUGUUUCUUUCAAGGAUAUUCAGACUCAGUUUGGCAACCAGAGUUAACUUUUUUUUUCCUUUCAUUUUAUUCUCACCUGUGGCAUUUAAGUUUUAAUUUAUGUAUCAAGGCCAUUAACAUUAAAAGCAUAUGACUUUCACUUUGAGCCAUUCAACACUAGGUUUCUGAGGUUCGAAAUCAUAAUGUACUACUAAUGAUAAACGAUACGAUCAUUAUUGACGGGUUGGGAGGAACAUUUGUCUCAAUAAAAAGCGAAACGAAGAGGACCAGCUACUGUUUCAUUCAAGGAUAUUCAAAUGCAAUUUGGAAACCAAA